AUGCCUCAAAGCCUGGACCCCAUCCCGCACUACAGUUCAUUGACAUGGGAUAGAUCCAGGGGAGCAGACAGCUCAAUAACCAUUCCGGACCUACCAGCUGAGACGACCAUGCGCUUUUCGUCGCCUCACGUCAUCAUCCGUGCACUCCGCGACUGCAUCAAUCGCGCAUCUCCGUGCCCAGAAGUCAGGAAGCCGAUUGCCGAGCCUGAUCUACUCGAAGUUAUCGAGCAGGGAUUCCGAUAUCAGAGCGUGGGGUCUCUGAACACAGCAGGUAUGGUGGAGUGGAUAGCUGCCAUUCAAGAGAUGAAGAAGAGGGAGGCGUUGAAGAAGAAAGCAAAGCUGGCGAAGGAAGAGAGCGGAAAUAUGUCUCUCAAGAGAGGACUGGGUGUCGUAGAAGAGGAGAGGGAAGACAAGAAAGUCAAGGUUGAGAGUGGCGUAGCAGAUCAGGUCAAGCUGGACAGUACGUGGCCGGAAGAGAUCUGA